AUGGCCCCUUACACUUCUUCCACCCCCAUCAGCGAGCUCGUCGCCGACUACGCCUCCAUCAUCAAGGGAAAAACAAUCCUCACAACAGGCGUAACCCCCAAGGGCCUCGGCGCAAUCUUUGUCGAAGCCACCGCCGCCGCAUCCCCAGAACUCCUCAUCCUCGCCGGCCGCACCGCCUCCAAGCUCCAAGAGCUCUCUGAAACCAUCAGCGCAACUCAUCCGGGUGUCAAGACCCGCCACCUGAUCGUCGACUUGAGCUCCAUGGACUCGGUGCGCAAGGCUGCUGAAGAGGUCAAUGGCUGGGGCGACGUGCCCGAGAUUGAUGUUGUUGUUAACAAUGCGGGUGUCAUGGCUAUUCCUUAUGCUACGACGUCGGAUGGCUUUGAGAUGCAGUUUGCUGCUGAUCACCUUGGACACUUUCUCUUGACAAACCUCAUCAUGGACAAGAUCCUCGCCUCCAAGUCUCCGCGCGUCGUCAACGUUUCUAGCAACGGUCACAGCUUCAGCCCCGUCCGCCACUACGAUCCUCACUUUAGCAAGGGCGAGACGUAUGACAGGUGGACGGCUUACGGACAGGCCAAGACGGCAAACAUGCUCUUCUCGCUAUCCUUGGCUCAGAAGCUGGGAAGUCGAGGUCUCCAGGCGUAUAGCGUGCACCCUGGCCUCAUCAUGACGACCAACUUGGGAAGCCACCUGGACUUUGCAUCCCCUGACAAGGAUCUCAAGAGUUUUCUCGAAGCCCAUCGCUCGCGUGGCCACUCUGAAGGCUGGGAAUUCUUUGAAGCCGUCCCUGUAGAGGUCGGAGCAGCUACGCAUGCCUUUGCUGCAUUCGACCCCAACAUCAAGGCGAGCAACGGCGCUUACCUCCUUGAGUCCCGCGUCUCUGACCCUUACGUCGACACGGUCAAAGCCUGGGCGAGGGACACCAUCGAGGCCGACAAGACGUGGAAGCUGAGCGAGGAGCUUGUCAAGCAAAAGUUUAGCUACUAA